GUUUGCGGAUGGGGUUUGUUUUCUGAUGUGUAACACGAAACUGCCCUGCUGACAGUUAGUUCAACCCAAGGCACAAACUCCAAACAAGGCUGCAGCAGAGGUGGGCCGGAAGGGCAGACUGUCCCUGGCUAUCAUGGAUUACCGCACCUCGCUGGGAAAGGUGAGCGGCUCCACGGAAUCUGUCUCCACGGUGACCAGUGAGGAGUUUGUGCUGGUGCAGCCCGGUGCCGAGGGCUCUCCAUCCAGCUCAGAGGGCCGGCCCAGACUCAAGAUGUCAUGGAACGGCAGUGAACAGCUGCAGAGGGCAAUGGAGGAGGUCCUGGAGGACGAGCUGGCCCGGGAGCAGAGGAGCGCAGGCAGCCCAGACGAGCUCAGUGGGGUCUCCCGGCACCUCGGAGCAGACGUGGCCGCCAGCUUGCAGAAAAGACCUCCCAGCCUGGGGCUGAACACGACACCUGCUGGAGGCUCCGUGAGAGCGGUAGCAGGCCCGGCUGUGGAGGAAGAGGAGGACAGUGUGCAGUUCAGUAAGCUCUCGUACCUGGGCUGCACCUGGGUGAAGGCCCCUCGUAAUGAGCCUGAGGCCCAGAGCGCCAUGGCCACCCUGCGGGCAGAGAGCCCUGGUCCAAUCCCCAUCACCCUGUACGUGCCCAAUGGGCCCGACGGCUGCGUCAGGAUUGUGGAUCAGGCGUCAGGCAUAGAGAUUGCCUCCUUCCCCAUCUACAAGGUGCUGUUCUGUGCCCGAGGGAAGGAGAACUCUUUGGAGAGCGACUGUUUCUCCUUCACCGAGAGCUACCGCAGCACCGAUGACUUCCAGAUCCACGUCUUCUCCUGCCAUAUCAAAGAGGCUGUGAGCCGAAUUCUCUAUAGCUUCUUCACGGCCUUCAAGCGUUCGUCCAAAGCGGCGGCAGACGCACGCGAGCCCUCACUGCCUCAGUCCCCUGACAGCGACAUCUUCACCUUCACCGUGUCGCUGGAGGUGCGGGAGGAUGAUGGCAAAGGCAACUUCAGUCCGGUCCCUAAAGACAGAGAGAAGUACUACUUUAAGCUGCGCCAGGGUGUGCAGAAGAAAGUAAUGGUCACCGUGCAGCAGAUAUCCAACAAGGAACUGGGUAUAGAGAGAUGCUUCGGCAUGUUGCUUAGUCCUGGCCAGAAGGUUCGGAACAGUGACAUGCACCUCUUAGACAUGGAGUCCAUGGGGAAGAGUGCAGAUGGGAAGGCCUACCUGAUCACGGGAACGUGGAACCCCAACACGCCAGCUUUCCAAGCACUCAACGAGGACACGCCCAAAGACAAGCAGGUGUAUCUGACGGUGGCAGUAGACCUGGUGGUGACUGAGGUGGUAGAGCCCGUGCGGUUCCUUGUGGAGGCCCUGGCCAAGGUGUACCCAGCCAAUGAGAGGUUCUGGUACUUCAGCAGAAAGGCCUUCUCCGAGACCUUCUACCUCCAGCUGAAACAGGGCGCCGAGAGAGGCAGUCAGGGAGAUACCAUGUACGAGGUGGUGAGCCUCCAAAGGCAGUUGGAGAAGGAGGGUGGAGCGCGAGCUCGUCUGCAGUCCCCUGGUGAGGAAGAAGAGCCCGAGGAAGACAGUGACAGUGAGAUCUCGAGUGGCACUGGCGACGUGUCUAAGGACUGCCCUGAGAAGAUUCUGGAAUCCUGGGGUGGGAUCCUUAACAGAUGGCAAGGGAACCUGUCUGCUCGGCCUAAGGGGCUGUCUGCGCUGGUGAGGCCUGGUGUCCCGGAGGCAUUGCGCGCUGAAGUCUGGCAGCUCCUGUCUGGCUGCCAGGACGACCAAGCCCUGCUGGAGCGCUACCGCAUCCUCAUCACUAAGGAGUCUGCUCAGGAGAGCGUCAUCACCAGAGAUAUACACCGCACCUUUCCCGCUCACGACUACUUCAAGGAAUCGCACGGUGAUGGCCAAGACUCCCUCUACAAGAUCUGCAAGGCCUACUCUGUCUAUGACGAGGAGAUUGGUUACUGCCAGGGCCAGUCGUUUCUGGCUGCAGUCUUACUGUUGCAUAUGCCAGAGGAGCAGGCGUUCUGUGUGCUGGUGAAGAUCAUGUAUGAAUAUGGGCUCAGGGAUCUUUACAAGAACAACUUUGAGGAUCUGCACUGCAAGUUCUACCAGUUGGAGCGACUGAUACAGGAGCAGCUGCCUGAACUCUGGGGUCACUUUCAGGAUCUGAACCUGGAGGCUCAUAUGUACGCGUCCCAGUGGUUCCUCACGCUCUUCACGGCCAAGUUCCCCCUCUGCAUGGUCUUCCACAUCACCGACCUGCUCCUCUGUGAGGGACUGAACAUCAUCUUCAAUGUGGCACUGGCUCUGCUAAAGACAUCCAAAGAGGACCUACUCCAGGCUGACUUCGAGGGUGCGCUCAAGUUUUUUCGAGUUCAGCUGCCCAAACGCUACAGGGCGGCUGAAAACGCCCGCAGACUCAUGGAGCAGGCCUGCAACAUCAAGGUUCCCACCAAGAAGCUGAAGAAAUUUGAGAAGGAGUACCACACUCAGAGAGAGAGGCAGCUCCAGCAAGAGGACCCCAUAGACAGGUACCAGAGGGAGAAUCGUCGUCUCCAGGAAGCCAGCAUGCGUCUGGAGCAGGAGAAUGAUGACCUUGCACAUGAGCUGGUCACCAGCAAGAUCGCCCUGAGAAACGACCUGGACCAGGCUGAGGACAAGGCCGAUGUGCUGAACAAGGAGCUGCUGAGCACCAAACAGCGGCUGGUGGAGACAGAAGAGGAGAAGAGAAGACAGGAGGAGGAGACUGCUCAGAUAAAGGAGGUGUUCAGAAGAGAGCUGGAGAAAGCUGAGCUUGAGAUAAAGAAGACCACAGCCAUCAUCGCAGAAUAUAAACAGAUUUGCUCUCAGCUGAGUACCAGGUUGGAGAGGCAGCAGGCUUCCACCAAGGAGGAGCUGGAGAUGGUGAAGAGUAAAGUGAUGGCGUGUGAGCGUUGUCGUGAGCUGUUCAGCAAGGAGGGACCCCUGCACAUUCCCGCUGUGUCCCAGGACAACCGCGACUCCGACCUGGACGAAGAGAAAGACUCUCUGAAGGCGCAGCUGCGGGAGCUGGAGCUGGAGCUGGCUCAGACCAAACUGCAGCUGGUGGAGGCCAAGUGCCGGAUCCAGGAGCUGGAGCACCAGAGAGGAGUGCUGAUGACCGAAGUCCAAGCUGCCAAAAACUCCUGGUUCAGUAAAACCCUGGGAUCCCUGAAGACCUCAGCCGGCAGCCAGGCCCCUUCUUCACCCAAAGAGGGCCAGUAGGACCCACACGGGCCUCAGCCAAUGAGAGGGCAGUCCUCUGCAUGGCUAAUGGCAAGGAAGAAUCCAGGACACUACUAGACAACACAAGCGGCAAUGCAGUAUUCCCUCUCAGAGGUGGGACAAGCAGCAGCCCAGCUGAAGUACUGCUCCCAGGCUACAGGGCCUCCAGUGGGAUACAACUUUCACCCCAACAGGCUUCGCUUGGUAGUGCAGCCAGCUGACUUCUUCGGACAAGCGCUUGUUCGUGUGUGGAGGUUACCUUUGACACGUAGCCAAGCAUAGCCAGUUUGUUUUUUCGUCAGUUGUGGACAUGUUGUGGAAACUAAGUGUUUUACAGCUGUGUGUCAUAAUCACUGUUUCUAUUUUAGCAUUAACACUAUGAGCAGUAAUGAUUGUAGCCAUAGUGAAGAGGGACGCACAGGUGACGUCUGAGUCAAUGCAACAGUCCCACCUAGUGGUGAAUACGAGUACUGCAGAGUACUGAGUUUAACUUUUUUUAUACUUGUUGCCUUUGCUGCGCUUUCCUUGGAUAGAAUACCUACAAAUCUACUAACGAGAAAAACGUUCUCUCUAACAUAGAUUAAUAGAUGAAUACGCAGUGGCUCAUUUAUCCACACAUUUACAAACAUAUCCUACUUUUUCCAUUUUAGAGAGGGGAUACUGCAUUCAGAUUAAAAUGUUCCUGUUGGUUUUCUAUAUAGUAAUAAUAAAUGUAAUUGUUUUGUCAUGUGAAUAACUACAUGUUAAAUCUUUUAUCUUGUACAGUUGUUAAAGUGCAGUUUACUUCUCUUUAUUUUUCUUUCAUUUUUGUUUCACUGUCAUCUCUGUAAAUAGCUUAAAGCGGUGUUCAAAACCAGUCGAUCACGACCAUUAACCCCAAAACAACAUUCCUGCUUUGUAUUGCUUAAACUUACACACUCCCACAAGUGAAACCCUGCAGCCAUGUUCCCAGAGUCUUUCAGAACAGGAGGUCCGAGUUCCCUGAACACAGGUCCAGGUUUACGUCCUGUCCCACACCGAGCUGCUUGGCUCGGCUGGCAGUGGAGGCCACCUCCUUGCAUCAACAGUGGUUCAUACCCACUGUAAUGUGCAAGCCAUUUAACUUAACAUUUUCUUACCUUAAACGGUGUGUGUGUGUGUGUUUGCCUAUACCAGGGGCAGCAUGCAUCAUAAAUGUGCCAAGAGUUGUGUGCAGGUCUCUCCUCACAGGCUGUUUGUCAGGUUUAAGUGCUUGGUGGAGGAAGCUGGUUACAAUACAGCUGUGGUGUUCACCUGGUGUGUUUACCUGUGGUCAACAGGGUUGUAUUCUCAUGUCUGCUGAUCUGUACAGAAAAAUGGGCAAGGUUUCAGUAAUUAAGGCGUCGCUGAGAACGCUGCAUGCAGUCAUAGCUGAUGUAUUACCUGCUACCUAGUCAAUGUCAGGACUUGUGUUUCUCAGCUCAUUGUCUUCCUGAAUCGUUGUCCUUUACUGUCCGGUGCCCGUUGUCAUUUCCAGACUGCAUGGAUCGUAACUCACACUAACAGGAAGUCCUUAUUGUGAAUACUUUUAUUGUUCAUUUAUACUGUUGUUGAAUUCUGUAGUUAUAUCUUCUAUUUUGUAAUUUCUGAAAUUGUGUGCUGCCAAGCAUCAGUUUAAUAUAGACUAAUAUUAAAGUGCAAUCCAGUCUUAUAGAUGGAGCCUAGAUUAUAAGGGCAGGUGACGUUGUCUGGGUCCUUCAGGUUGGUCAACGUAAGCUUGGGUUGUUAUGGGUUUACCAGUUGCAAUGUUCCAUCCAGUUGGUAUCUGAACAAAUAACUACUUGACAAAUAAACAUUGGCUCUUGUUGUUAAUGUUUGA